CGUGGUUAAAUACCAUUUCACAAGGGAAGAGGGAAGCACAAGAGACAGCCACGCCAUGUAUUCGUGGAACUAUAAGGAUGAAAACAAAAACAUCCCCUACAGUACGUCCCCGACAACGUUCGGGAGGGGUUCCCCAGAUGGAGAUUCAUCGGACAGCGAGGAAUAUGAGGGAUCCCAAGACCCAAACGGGCGCCGUGGACGGCCCCGGGCUGACGCUAUUACGAAGCUGAUAUUCAAGGGAGCCGUGUCUAUGAGCAGUAUACGGUGCGAGACCUGCAAUCGGGUCUUCCCACGUGAGAAAUCUUUACAAGCACACAUGAGAACUCAUACAGGUGAGCGACCAUACCUGUGUGAUUACCCGAGUUGUGGAAAGUCUUUCUGUCAGAGUGGACAGCUGAAGACUCAUCAACGACUACACACAGGAGAAAAGCCUUUCAUUUGUUCUGCUAAUGGUUGUGAGAGCCUUUUCACCCAUGCAAACAGACACUGUCAGGAUCAUCCAUAUGCAUCACUGAAGCGAGUCAAUCCACAAAUCACUAUCAAUGGACUUCAGAAACUCAUCCAGAGUGAAUCAAAUCCAGCGGUCAGAGACUGGCUGACAAGACAAAUAACCACCAAAGAAGAACGAAUAUUCAACAGACAGAGACCAGGAAAUAUUAAACGUGUAAAAAGAUCUCCUCAGGAUGUCAAUGUAAAGAUUGAACCGGAACUGCUUCCUGUUCCAGAUGAGAAUGUCAUGCCUCUUCAUCAACAGCAGCAGGAGGAGCAGAUGAUGGAGGAGCGAUUGUUGGAGUCAAUGACAACCCAUCACCAACACCAACACCAUCACCAUCAUCAUCAGGAGCAACAACCACAUCAGGUUAACAUGGUCAACAGUCAGUGUAACAUGCCAUUGAACAACAACCACUAUAUGAUGCCAAUGAACAGUAACAUGUGUGACAUGAGCAUGAACAAUCAUUAUGACAUGAGCAUGAAUAAUCACUGCAACAUCAAUAUUCAUGGUUACGAGGAUCCUCAGCCAAUCAUUCUGCCCCAAAACCAGCUGCAGCCUGUUGAUUCCGACUACGACUAUCACACAAUUGACCCCUACCAACCUGUCGAAUAUGACUACAUACCACAGAAGGAAACACAUGAAAUGACCCUUAGUGAGCAGACAGACAAGUGGAUUUCGGCACUUGCACUUGUGGAGUUGUCUCAUGGCAUGGCAUAAAUUAUCAACCCCUUUAAUGGGACAGUUACAUAACUAACCUAAGCCAUAACU